CGCUGAGAGCCACCCGACCACUCCACCACUCCGACCACCAUCACGUCCUCAUGGCCUGCCUGAACCCCGCGCAGCUCCAGAAGUUCCAGGAGGAUGGAUUCCUGGUGCUGGAAGGAUUCCUGUCUGCAGAAGAGUGUGUGGCCAUGCAGCGGAGGAUCGGUGAGAUCGUGGCUGAGAUGGAGGUCCCGCUCCACUGCCGCACAGAAUUUUCCACCCAGGGGGAGGAGCAGCUGCGAAUGCAGGGCAGCACAGACUAUUUCUUGAGCAGCGGCGACAAGAUUCGAUUCUUCUUUGAGAAAGGCGUUUUUGACAAGAAAGGAAACUUCCUGGUCCCCCCAGAGAAAGCCAUCAACAAAAUUGCCCAUGCUCUGCACGCCUAUGACCCUGUCUUCAAGCGUGUCACACACUCCCCCAAAAUGCAGGCCUUGGUCAGAAGUCUGGGCCUCCAGAAGCCUGUGGUGGUGCAGAGCAUGUACAUCUUUAAGCAACCUCACAUUGGCGGCGAAGCCUCCUCUCACCAGGACGCCACCUUCCUGUACACGGAGCCCCUGGGCCGGGUGCUGGGCGUGUGGAUCGCACUGGAGGACGCCACGCUGGAGAACGGCUGCCUGUGGUUCAUCCCUGGCUCGCACACCAGUGGAGUGGAGAGAAGGAUGGUCCGGGCUCCUGCUGGCUCGGUGACUGGCCUCAGCUUCCUGGGGUCGGAGCCAGCCCGGGAUGACAGCCUCUUCGUGCCUACACCAGUGCAGAGAGGGGGCCUGAUCCUAAUCCACGGAGAAGUGGUGCACAAGAGCGAGGCAAACCUCUCCGACCGCUCGCGCCAUGCCUACACUUUCCACCUCAUGGAGGCCUCUGGCACCACCUGGAGCCCGGAGAACUGGCUCCAGCCAACAGCUGAGCUGCCCUUCCCGCCACUGUACACCUAAUGGCUCCGCAGGCCUGCACGGUCCCCUCCCGGGAAGCUGUGGCUGCAAACACCAGCACCUGCCGACCGCCCAGCUGCAGCGGGGAAGUCACAUCUCCUCCUGAGCUUUCCUCUGCCAGUGUCUGUGCCCCUUGGCCCUGCAGACAGGCAGGCAAGAGGUGGCAGCCGGGCAGCAAUAACCUCCCCGCUGCCCCGACACAAGCUCCCUCUAGAGCAGUGGUUCUCAACCUGUGGGUGGCAACCCCUUUGGGAGUCGAACGACCCUUUCAC